AUGAUCAUGUGUUUGUACUCCUCUAGUUCUCAGCUGUCUGUUCAUACCCCUACCCCUCCCACACCUGUCAGACAGGUCAACAGGAUUAGAGAAAAGGUCAAGAAGUCGCCAUCCCCACGUAAUUAUCUACCCAAAGUCCGCCUAACCCUUCGGCACUACAGAGACCCUGAGAGCAAUAGAGCCAGACUGAGGCGUCCUUCAGAGCCAGUUCAGUCUCGCAGCCCUGACAGUCCUGAAUUCUUGAACCUGACAAAUGAGAAGUCCGUGGGGCUUGUAACGGGAUGUGAUGUGAAUGCCCUAUUGAAGAGUGCCAUAGACAAAACAGACCUGGGUGUGCAUCCUGCUAACUCUACUGGGCAGCCCCUUCUGUCCUACCGAGGGAAGAUUGACCUGAAUCAACAGUAUAAAGUCAAAUCCCAGCGAUCCCCAGACUCCACAUAUAUCAGAAAUCAAAUCAACCAAGGUACAAUAAAACUCAUUCAGCCUGUCUCGUAUACCUGGACUGAGCUGGACUGGACACAACAUCUUCAAAACAGGGUACUCAGAGACAGGAUCAUGACAGGGACAAAGUUGCAAAGUGGGGUGAGAGGACAUCACUGCAGUGCCACACCCUGGACAAAUCGAAGUGGAAACACACCCAGUACACAGUUGCUAAAAUGGACAAGCCCAAUGGGCAACCCCAAAACGUUGAAAAGAGAUAGGGAAACAACAUAA